AUGGAUGCAUCGGACGUAAGCCCUUUCGCUCGCUCGAGAGCCAAAACGGUCCAGUCCGUGGCAAUAACAGAGACGGUCGAUUCCGAUGCACUUCCUCUGUCGAUGGAUGAAGAAGAUCAGGACUCGGGUCCAGACUUGUUUGAGAUAACAGGGUCGUCAGAGGCAGCGCCAGGUGAAGAAAGGGAACAGGAUGAGGAGGUCUCCGUGCUGUCACGGGGUAUUAAGGGACAGCCGGAAGAGCUGCCUAUUGAGUUGAUCAGCUUGACUGAGCGAUUUGUGAACUCCCUGAGCGCCAAAGUACAUUCCUCCCCUCCCACAGUAGAGAAGAUAUCCAACCUUUACCAAGACUUCUAUGUCAAAGCGGAGUCUCAUAUAGCUACGCAUAUAUCUGCUCUCGCUUCUCGAAUCAACCGUGAUCCUUCGCCGCAAGCUCCCAUUCAAGCCCCCCGCGGAAGUGCACAGUCGAAGUUGAACAACAAAGGAGCCGAAAGUGUUGUGCCCAGUCGGCAGAUGUUAACGGCUUCAGAAGUUGCAGAAAAAAGACAAGCACGAAAACUUCUCGCCUCUAAGCGCAUCGCUCUGGAAGAAGCUGUAGAACGGCGAGCAUGUGAGAGUAUCUAUGGUAAACUCUGGAGACAUAAAAGCACCCUCGACGAAGUACGGGAUGAGAAAUUACGCUCGAAAACAGCGGCUUUACUCCUAAUUGGAAUCAAUCUAAAAGACCUUGGAGUGGAUGUCGAUAUGACUACUAUCGGCGAAGAAAGACAAAAAGAAGUAGAUGAGGGUCUUUCCCUUGCCCGUGAUUGUCUCGCUAAGAUGAAUGAGGAGAAAUUUCCUCUAGGAAAGCUCCAUCACCUUGCGGCCAGCCACAAGGCAAUCGUUGAUGUUUUGACCAAACUGCUGCCCUCGUCUUCCUCCGCUGAUGAGAUUCUACCUACCUUGAUCUAUACACUUGUCACAUGCCCACCAGAGGGUAUCAACGUCAUAAGCAACCUCUUCUUCAUACAACGAUUCCGGUCGUCUAGUAAGAUUGACGGCGAAACCGCGUACUGCUUGACUAAUCUUGAAGCGGCAAUCAGCUUCCUAGAAAAUGUCGAACUAUCCGAACUUCGCUCGGAGGAUCUACCCGAAAGAGCAUCCCUUGACGGUCCACCGUCCCUUGAAGCGAUUGAGCCUCUUCCCAUCAGAACUGAGGCUCCUGUUUCCUCCGUUACAACCGGCGCUUCUGGUGAAUUCUCAAACCCAACUAGCAAGGAAGAUCCCUCCAACACUCUUCCCAGACCUCAACAGUCUGUGACAGCCCAACAACGUCUGAACAAUCUAUUCCAACCACCCUCAAAAGUCCUCGAGGCAGCUAAUGACGCUGUACGCAACACCGCUGACCAGGGCCUAAAAAAUAUCGGUGCAACACUUGAUAGCAGUUUUAAUUUUCUCUUCGGUCGCCUCAAAGAGCUGCAAUCAAGCCAGCCUCCUGGCAAAGAAGGCAGCAAUCCUGUCUUGCCAAAAACAUUAGCUGAAGCUCGACUUCUAGUUACCUCACCGGAUUCUACCGAAAGCAACUCAGGUGACGACAAUACCUUGCAGACUCCGAUUCCCACGGAUCGGCAUUCACUGAGGCGUAUGAGUUCAAAAGACGCUUUCUUAGGAUUAGUUACGGGGCAAAGGACCCCGCGUGACCGAAGCGUGGACAGCGCUAGGACUCAAGGCAGCUCCAAAAGAACCGGCCCCGGUGUAGAUUCUACGAAGAAUGAGCCAUCACCUGGCUUCUCUCAAGGAUCCACUGCAUCUCUACCUCCUACACCUUUAGAGUCCAUGCGGAACUUCGGGAACACACUCAACCCGCUCAAUCAUAUUCCAGGGAUGAUCAGAAGCUUUGGACGUCCGGGGCCUGACGGACCUGGGGGACUUUCAGUGCCUUCAGAGAAGACGAGAACAGUAUCGGCCUCACGCGAGGCCCCUUCUGCUAGCCCUGGGAAGAUUGACCCUCCGAUCCAGCGCUUUCUCGAGACUCAAAACGUCAACGAUCUGACGAUUAGAGACGUAUCCACAUUGCUUGAGGAUUAUAAACGAAUUGCUGCAUUGUUUUUAAAGCAGGACUCCAAUUCUAAAUGA